AUGGCAGAAAGUCACAGUCCAAAAGGCAGCUCCAACGUCUUUGCAAGAAAGGUCCAGAGGCAACUGAGCAGAGGAAAAGAAAAGGUUCUUCAAAAGCUGGGAAAGGCAGUGGAAACCAAAGACGAUGAAUUUGAGGAUUAUCUUCAGAGAUUUUGUGACCAGCAGACGGAUGGGAACCGCAUUCACAAAGACUUGAGAACCUACCUUAAUGCUGUCAGAGACAUGCGUGAAGCUUCAAGACGUCUUUCUCAGUCUCUGUUUGACGUUUAUGAAAAUGAUUGGGUCGGGGAGGAGGACCUAGGAGCCAUUGUCGAGGGGGAGGACCUGUUGUGGAAUGACUUUGAGGUAAAACUAUUGGACCAGUCCAUUCGCACCAUGGAGUCUUAUGUGAGCCAAUUCCCAGACGUCAGGGAGAAAAUUGCCAAAAGGGGCAGAAAACUUGUGGACUACGACUCGUCGAGGCACCAUCUAGAAGGCCUGCAGAACGCAAAGAAGAAAGAUGACGUGAAAAUCAGCAAGGCAGAAGAGGAGAUGAAUGCUGCUAAAGUUGUGUAUGAAGGCAUCAACAACGAGCUGAAAGAGGAGCUGCCUGUGCUUUAUGAGAAUCGUAUUGGGUGCUACGUGGCAGUCUUCUUAGCGGUUUCCAACUUACGAGACACAUUCUACAAAGAAGUCAGCUCGCUAAAUCAAGAUCUCCACAGUGUGAUAAGUGAGCUGCAGGCCCAACAUCCAGACAAGCAGUUCUCUGUGAAGGGGAUUCAGAGGUACGGCUCUUUGAGGAGACGGACUCUGAUGUCUCCCAGAGCGUGGAAAGCCAGUUUCUCUGACUUCCACAGAAACUAUAAUCCCAAACAGGGGUCCAGGUUCAGUUUCAAGUCUCCAGAAAAACCCAAACAUGGAACUCUGUCUCGAGAGAACAGCUCCACCUCUGUCUCCCCUCCGCCCCCCAUCCCAGUAUACCCACACCCGAAGCCUGCCAACCUGAACACAAGUGGAAGCCAAGAAGUGGUGGACAAUUCACAAUCGCAAGAGGCAGCAACAACAUCUGCAGCGAAGACUUCAGAAGCGAGCAGCUCUGCAACGGAAAACCCAGAAGCAAAAGAAGAGGAGCUGUCUGAAGAUAAAGAACACGAGGAGGAAAAGGACAAGGCUGCGGCCAGCGAUAGCAGCUCUGAAGUGGAGCAGUCGUGUGAUUCGGUCAGUCUGGAGCUGCAGCUGUCGGACCAGAGCCCUCUGCACAUCAUGGAGGAGGAGGAGGGCAGCGGGUCCAAGGACACCCCCAAAACCAACGCCCUGGAGAAUGGAGAGCUCCCAGCAAGAGUCACCCCUCUCAAGACCAGUCAGACUCAAAAAGCACAACAGUGUGACAUCGGUUUCACCGUAGAAGAUGAUGGAGACUGA